AUGGCAGAGGAUAAAUUUGAAAAAUCACAACUGGAAGAAAAUGCUUUCGAAGAAUUGGAAAGGGAGUUUCAAGAAGUCAUCGAUGAACUUUCCGGAGAUAAAAGUUUGGAGAAAUUCAGGACAGAAUAUGAGAAGCUUCAUACGGUUAUGAAGAAGUCUUAUGAAAAUGAAAAGCGUCUGAUGGCAAAAUGUAGAGAACUAAAUGCAGAGAUUGUUGUUAAUUCUGCUAAAGUAGCCACUGCCCUGAAGUUGUCCCAGGAUGACCAGACGACCAUAACAUCACUCAAAAAGGAAAUAGAAAAAGCUUGGAAAAUGGUGGAUUCGGCCUAUGAUAAAGAACAGAAAGCAAAGGAAACCAUUCUUGCACUGAAAGAGGAAAUAGUCAAUCUGAGUAAACUAGUAGAACAAGGAUCUGGAUUAUCACUGGGCCAGAGUAACAACAUCAGAGAUUUACUGAAGUACAAGGAAGAAGUAACCAAGGAAAGAGAUCAACUCUUGUCAGAAGUUGUGAAAUUACGAGAGACCCUAGCUUAUGUCACUGAACUGCAUCAAGUAACUGAGAGAUCUAAAGAAGACGCAGAACAGGCCAUCUCUCAGUUCCAACAAGAAAUCCAGCUUCGUCAGAAUGAAGCUUCCCGGGAAACUCGGAAGAAGGAGAAACUGGAGAAAGAGUUCAAACAGAUUCAGUCUGACAUGGAUGGAAAACAGGCUGAAAUAAGGGCUCUCCAACAGCUUGUGCUGAAGAAUAAAGACGAAAUCCAAAAACUGGAACAACAGCUCAAAGAGCAGAAGAUCCUAAAUGAACGAGCUGCCAAAGAACUGGAGCAGUUUCAGCUGAGGAACGCUAAGCUUCAGCAGGAGAAUGAGCAGCAUGCCCUGGCUUGUGAACAGAUAUCCCAGGAUAACCAGCAGAAGACAUUGGAGCUGAAAGCUAAAGAGGAUGAACUCCAUCAGAUGCGAAUUGACAUUGGAAGACUUAACAAAAUGAGAGAAUUAAUACAUAAAAAAUUGCAUCAAGCUGAAGAGCAAAAGGCUGAGGUGGAACAGGCCAAGGACCUCCUGAAAAAUCAAAUUAGUGGAUUAGAGAAAGAGCUGGAGAUUGCUAAAAAGCAAGGAGAACUUGAUAAAAAAGCUAUGGAUGAGCUUCUGCGAGAGAGAGACAUAUUAAAUAAGAAUCUGCUGAAGGCAGUCACUGCUACCCAGAAACAGAUGGACUUAGUAAAGCUUCAUGAACAAAACAAGAGGAACCUAGAAGAAGAAAUCCAGAACUACAAAGACGAGGCUCAGAAACAAAGGAAGAUCAUCUUCCAACUGGAAAAGGAGAGAGAUCGUUACAUUAAUGAAGCUAGUGAUCUCACACAAAAGGUCCUCAUAAACAUGGAAGACAUCAAAAUUCGUGAGAUGCAGAUCUUUGACUACAAGAAAAAAAUAGCUGAGUCAGAGACCAAAUUAAAACAACAACAGAACUUGUAUGAAGCUGUAAGAUCAGAUAGGAACCUGUACAGCAAAAAUCUGAUUGAAGCUCAGGAUGAGAUUACAGAAAUGAGGAGGAAGUUAAAGAUUAUGACCCACCAGGUCGAUCAGUUGAAAGAAGAAAUAGCUUCUAAAGAGGCAGCCCUUGUGAAGCUACACCUGGAGCAUCAGCGAAUCGAGAAGGAGAAGGAAACGCUAAAGGCUGAACUGCAGAAGCUGAGACAACAAGCCCUUGAGACCAAACACUUUAUUGAAAAACAAGAAGCUGAGGAGAGAAAACUCCUGAGAAUUAUUUCUGAGGCUGAUGCUGAGAGGCUGAGGCAAAAGAAGGAGCUGGACCAGGUCAUAAGUGAGAGAGAUAUUUUGGGAUCUCAACUUGUUAGGCGGAAUGAUGAGCUUGCACUGCUCUAUGAGAAGAUCAAGAUCCAGCAAUCUGUACUGAACAAAGGAGAAAGCCAGUACAACCAGAGAUUAGAAGACAUGCGCAUCCUUAAACUGGAGAUCAAGAAACUCCGGCGGGAAAAGGGAAUUCUUGCCAAAAGUGUGGCAAAUGUGGAAGAACUCAGGCAGGAGCUUUUUCACAUGCAAAGAGAAUUCUUAAAGGAAAGGACCCGCUGCAGAGCCCUGGAGGAAGAACUGGAGAACCCCAUGAAUAUACACAGAUGGAGAAGAUUGGAGGCCAGCGACCCCAGCACUUUUGAACUGAUACAGAAGAUCCACACUUUGCAGAAACGUCUCAUCAGCAAGACAGAAGAAGUAGUGGAAAAGGAAUUACUGCUUCAGGAAAAGGAGAAGCUAUAUGUGGAACUGAAACAUAUCUUGGCUCGGCAGCCUGGGCCUGAAGCAGCUGAACAAUUGCAACUCUACAGGCACACCUUGAGAGAGAAAACCAAACAACUUAAAGUUUUGUCUUCAGAAUUGAAUAUGUAUGAAUCACAGAGCCAGGAGUACAAGUAUGAGAUUGAGAGACUUGCCAAUGAACUCCUUAAUGUGAAGAGGAAAUAUCUCAGUCAGAAACGCAAGGAACAAAAUCAAAAGAUGUACUUGUGUUAUCAGUCUGACUUUUUCCCAAUUCAGCAUUCCCUUAAAGAACUACAGGUUGCAAAAAAUAAGUUCCGGAAGCGUGUUUCUGCAAAACCCUUCAACCUCCUCUUGGUAAUCCAGGUAGCAGGUACAGUACUGCCAGAAAGCUGUGUAGGAGAGGUUAGAGGUAUGAAGAAGAUGGACAGCAUGACAGGGAAUUAG